AUGGCGGAAACUUCCUUCGUAAUUCAGCAAACCUUCUCGGACCGGAAGCCUCCCCGCAUGCCGAAAUGCGCGCGGUGUCGCAACCACGGCAAGGUAUCGUGGUUAAAGGGCCACAAGCGAUACUGUCCGUGGAGGGAUUGCAAUUGCGCUCAGUGCACCCUGAUUGCGGAAAGACAGCGCGUCAUGGCAGCGCAAGUCGCGCUCCGUAGGCAACAGACUCAGGAGGAGAGCAUGCGAGUCCAACUGACGAAGAAAACACCCGCAUUCAUAGCACCCCAUGUUCCCCCUGUCCCGCAGUUAAACGGUGUUGCAAUACACUGCGCAGAGGAUAAGGCUCCUGCAGUACUGUACAGGGCAGUUACGCAAGGUAACUUCAAUGUUAAGUUAACUAACUAAACAUUUUAGGAAUUCGUGAUUUAGUUGCGAUUUUCCGCUCAUUUACACAUAUACAUGACUGGCAGGUACAAUUUUAUAACAUGUAGCAAAUUGGUAUAUGUUUGCAGUUUCUUAACCUGUCAAUUACACGCCUCCAAGGCAAACACAACAGCGUUUCAUCUCAGUAUGUUUCUUUCCGUAGUUUGCACAAGCGUUAUCGUGGGAUGACAGGGUGAUAUUUUGCGGAGAAACCGUCUGACGUUCUAAGUACCCUUUCAACGUCGGAAAAAAUCAAUUCUCUUUAAUAUUGAUGAGUAGAAUAUUCACACAAGUUGAGCAGACCAUUUAAUUAGCCCUUGCUCUUUUUCUAUUAGUCACAGGCAUUUUAUAAAAAAAUAUAUCUUUUCAAUGAAUGAGCAAACCCAAGAUAUCUAUAUUAAACUUUGUUUGAAUGAUUUAAAUAAAGGCCCAGCUGUGUUCUUUCCUUGAAACUUGAAAGUUCCAAAAAGAAAACUUCCGACAGAAGGCCUUCGCAUCAAAGUCAUCCAUUGUCCCAAAGAGGAACGAAAAGUUUUGUUUUACUGAUAAAAGCUCGACAAAAGGUUCAGGUUGAGCGCUUUUAAAAACAUGAAGUAUUAUUAUGCAUAUUAAGGACAGUCGGCACUUAAAUUUGAUAAUUUAAUUCGUUUUGCCAUGCCUUUUUAUGAAUUCUUUCUUUUUUUCCUUUUACCAGUUACCUGCCUGAAAAGUCUAAGUUUGCUUCGACAAUUUUUCACGUGCAUUAACUAAAUAUUCUUGUAGGUGCAAACGAUAGAAAUAGUGCAUUAAGAGCUUUUCUUGAGAUAAUUUGUUUCAGAUUCGAUUUUUUAUUUCAGAGGCCAAUUUUGUCCGGAACUUCAGUUCUCAAAUAAAUGAGCUAUUAUGGAUAAUCUCGUAAAAGCUUUUCCAUCGUACUUAAAAUAGAUAUGUCAUAGUGUUUACUUGAAAAAAUACAACCUUGAUCAAGCAUACACACGCAAAAACCUGUAUUAAGGAAAACCUGAAUGGAUCUUCCCCCGGAGUCUCGCGAAGAGGGUGUGGAAAAUUGGUUUAUAAAAUACGUAACCGAAAGACUAGACUUCAUUGAAAUAAAUGACAUAUAAAAAAACUAAGGAAACUUUUCGCGGUUACAAAAGAUCACGUUCGCUUCUAAAUAAAAAGGACGAUUUUGAAAAGUUUCUUUCUAAUGCUAGUAAAAUUCUACAGUGAAUAUUUUCAUUACCUAGAAACUGGGUCAAUCCAGUUUGCUUUUCUGAAACGAUGUUUUUGUCAUGUUACCUAAGCUUCCCCAAAUAAAGGAUCUUUCCACUGACAAGUGAUCGAGUUUGAAAGACGACUGCCCUUUUUAAAGCUCAAAUUUCAAAAGUAUCGCAAAAAAUGUCGAUUCUUCGAAUAAGUUAGUUCUUUCGAACACCAUUCGUGCGUGUGUUGAUCCCGGAGAAACUAAAAUUCCUACUUCUGUAUGUCUUCCAUAUACUCUGAACUUGAACCAUGUUUGACACCGUCAUCAAAAGAGUCAGUUUCCUCCAAGAGCUAGGGAAGUUUGGAGAUGCCUUUUGACAUUACGUAUAAAAAAUUGAUAAAAAUUGAUAAAAAUUGAACCCUCACUAGGAAAUGCAUUUCGCGCCUUUCUUUUGUUGGUUAUUUAACUUUGCGCCGUCCCGAAGAAACUGCCCCAACGUCGUUCCUAGGGUCCUCUCCUACUCGCUCUCCUGAGCAGGAGAAGACCCUGGAAACGAAGUUGCAACCCUCCCUGUUUUCCGAGCGAAUCUGAAUGUUUUCAUCGCUAUUUUUCCCUCAGAGGCAGAGAAUGACGCAGUGAGAGACACAACACAGACAGCUCAUGGGAAACCCAACGAAACACAGGACCUCAAAAUCAAAGAAGAGCCAGUUAGUCCUGUUAGCUUCGAGGAAAAUAGAUUCUCAGAUUCCGAAGAACAAAAUCGCAAAAGGUCCUCCAGCGACGGUGAAAAAGAACGAGAGCAGGAACCCGAGCGUCCAAAAGUACCUCGCCUGUCCCCCCACAGAAAGGAAACUGAGACAUUUAGAUCAUCCCUAGAGCUGCUUCAGCGAAUAUUCCCUCACCAGAGCAGAGCUAUCUUAGAGUUAAUCCUCGGCGCCUGCGAAGAAGACAUCGUCAAGGCCAUCGAGUCGCUUCUCCCAGAAAACAGUCUGAGACCUUUUUCGUUUCCACUAUCCGCCAGAGGCUUUGGAUCAGGGACGCUAAUUCCUUGCGACAGCAGUUCCAAGUCAGCGUUCUUGCCCAUUGCAAAAUCUCCAUCGUAUGCAUAUCCGGGAACUCUACCUUUGCAGUCGCCAUCGCUGAAAAGCCCGAGUGAGAAAAGCCCGGGUACUCCCAGUGCAUUUCAACCUGUCCACCCAUGCAGCCCGGCUGAACUAAGCCCAUCACUACCGGAGAGAUUCCAGUUCCCAGUCAUGGCGGGGUAUUUCUUCAACCGGCCCGCGGCACCGUCAGCGCUUAAUAUCCUGCUGGAUUCUCCGCACCAAAGGACUGGGUCAGCUCCACCCUCAUCAAGGUUCUGUAGGCAUUGUGGGUUUUCAAGCAAAGUGGGGGACAAGUUUUGUAGCGAAUGCGGCAAGGCUUUGGAGUAA